AUGGAUUUUAAUUCAUCGUUGUUUUCGAUCAACAACAAUGCAACAAAUGAAUCGUCCUUAUCGUUACAAGAGCACACCUCUGAUAUCACACACGAUGGUUCAAAUCCACAGCCUCUGUCUAUAGGCCCAACGAAGAAAGAGAGGAAACCCUAUAGAGGAGUAAGAAGAAGGCCAUGGGGAAAAUUCGCAGCAGAAAUACGAGACCCUACAAGAAAUGGUGUUCGAGUAUGGAUUGGAACAUUUGACACUGCUGAAGAAGCUGCUUUAGCUUAUGACCAAGCAGCUUUCUUGACAAGGGGUGUUCUUGCUACCCUUAACUUUUCAGCACAAAAGGUAGUGGAGUCCCUCCAAGACAUGGGUUUCAAGGCACUCAGAAAUGGUGUCUCACCCUUGUUGGAACUCAAAAGGAUGCACGUGAUGAGAACGAAAUCUAGGGUUAGCAGGAGUGGUGCUAAAAAGGUUAAAAGGGUUUGCACCAAAUUGAAACCGGAUCCUAUUGCUGAAACUGUGUUGGUCUUGGAGGAUUUGGGUCCUGAAUACCUAGAGCAACUUUUGACCUUCACUUCCCCUGGUUCUUGGUCCUGAAUU